AUGAGCCGGAUGACUAGCUCGGCGGGAGAGCUCGUCUUCGCGAACAGCCUGAUUAUGGCGGAGAUAUACGGUCAUCUCGAGGCGAAAAGAGAUAUGGCGAACUGCCUACUCAUCUCAAAGGCUGGCUUCGACACCGCUGCGAAAAGAUUAUACAGGGAGAUGAGGAAUGUAGAUUUCUCUUAUAUCUUCGAGAGUCUCUGCAGCAUGGAACGGCUACAUUUCGUCGCACAAAGCGUUCUAGUCCUCACGAUUCCGCAAUCGGAUCUGGAGCGCGAUUCUCUCGGACGAAUGAAGCUAUACAGUCGAUGUCCCUUGAGACGAUACCCAAAUCUCGAGGAGUUGGUGAUUGACACAGACACACCCAAUCACCUGCUAGCAACCGUGACCGAAAGGCACGACGUCGGGGGGCGAAUUCUGAUAGUGAAACAUAACGUCGAUUCCUCAAGCAAUAUUGAUUGGAAGCAUUCUUCGCUUGAAAUUCGUGGAUCCAGCGGCACCGUUGUCUUGCAGCAGUCGACCCUGGUGGAAGCAUUGAUCCAGAAUUGCAAGGGGCUUAACGGAAUUGAAGCGGAUCGGUCCCGCAUCGCAGGCUUAACUGAAUUGACAUAUACCGCUAUCGGGGGUGUCGAUGCAGUUAAGUUGGAUCCCAUUCUCCAGCAUUGCAAACACCUGAGACGACUUUCAGUCAGCUUGACUGCCAAUGCCGGGCAUUCCGUCAUGUCUGCCGUUCUAAGACCGAAGCGUUCUGCCAGUCUGCAAGAUCUCGAGCUGCAUGGUGGACAGCUCUGGUGGUUGAGAAACCUAACAGAUUACAAACAACUUACCUUGGAAUGCCCUGGCCUACUGCCGGAAAGGGGGUUUCGCGAGCAGUUGGUGCAAAACUUGAGCAGAAAGGGGCAGAAGCUUGCCGGAAGGUCAACGAUCAGGCUGGAUCUAAGACUGAGAGUGACAUCGCCCCUCCAAAACCCUUACGUGAUCGCAAAAUUUGUGCAGAUGUGUGUUGCGAACGAGGCGGAAAUCACCAUCAAUGCCUCAGGUGAAUGCUCGAGGGCGAACCAAGUGUGGCUUGACAACGUCCGAUCUACUUUGGAACUUUUACAGAUGGAGUCCAAGGCGGAACGUAACGACGAAUGA